AUGGCAGAAUCAGCAAUAGACUCAAAUGAGGACCUGUCAGAAGAAACAGAGGACCUGGAACCUCUGGAACCAGAUGAUGGUGGGACUUUCCAACAAGUCACAAACCUCCUCAACAUCAUAGACAGCGAAUCAAAGAUGGAUGCUUCUGGGGCAGGUCCUGACAUGCGGAAGACACUGGCCUCGGUGAUAAUUACGGAGAAGGCCACCACCAAGCCCUGUAUGGUGAUGAAUGCUCUCAUCCGCUGCCUACAGGUGCCAGAGAUCUCCACCCAGCGGAAAGUCAACAUUUAUAACAUCCUGCAGGAGAUCAUUCAGCAGGAGGGGGAGCUGGAGGAGCAGUGUGUCCACAGGCUGGUGACCAUUGCCUCCAAGGAGAUGCGGGAGAUCCUGGAGGUGGAGGGUUACAUGAAGGCAGAGGUGGCCAGUGACACCCUGGUAGCUUUGUCACGGAACCAUUUCAGUGUGGUCAUGUACGAGAUGCAACACCGUCUCAAGCCCCUUGAGCUCACAGAAGAGUUUGUCAUUAUCACCUUGGCGAAGCUGGCCAACGGCAAUGUGUUUGAGUUCAUGCCCUACAUGGGCAUCACCCUGGCAACCAUAUUCACGAUGCUGAGACUGGUCAAUGAAGCCAAGAUGCGCCAGGUGAUCUGUGGUGCCAUGGAGACCUUCUGUGAGACGGUGCAGUUCUACCUGAGGCAUCUGGAGGACAGCAUGUACCCUGUGAUGACGGAAGAGCAGUUUGCUAUAAAGCUGUUCCCAAUGUAUCGCUAUUUUGUGACCGUGUGGCUGAGGAGCAACAACCCAGAGGUGAAGCUGGGGGUCAUCAAGUCCCUGAGGCCCAUGCUGAACCUGCUCCUGCCCAACGAUGACCUGCGGGAGGAGGUGUACGACUACCUCCCCCUGCUGCUGGCAGAGUACCAGGGCAGCCUGGAGGCCCUCUUCAUUACGCAGGUCUUGAGGCAGAUCCUAGAAGUGUCAGUCAUCACCAGCACCCCUGUUCCCCAAAUGCAUCUACACACUAUUUUCACAGAGCUGCACACCCAGGUGUGUACCAAGGCCUCCGUCCAGCAGCAGUUCAGCAGCCAGAAUGUGAGGGAGAUCGAACACUGCUUCAUAGCUCUCGCUCGCUCCUUCCCUAAGGAGCUGAUGAAGUUCUUUCUCAACCAAAUGGAGAUGAGCAAGGAAGCCACCCGCGUGGGAACCCUCACCCUGAUCAGGGCAGUGGUGGGCGCAGAUGAUCCCAAAAUGAACAUCAAGACCAUCUGCCUGGCCAUCCGAGUGGUCAAGAACACCAUCUCUGACACCCGUUCCAAGGUGAGGAUGGCAAUUCUCCGCAUCAUCGGCCAGUUGGCUCUGUCUGGCUUCCAGGAAAGGAUCAAAGGCUGGGGCCUAAAGUACGUGUCCAUUCAGCUGACCCUGUCCACCUACAAAUUGACAAAUCGCAGGGAGAGCUAUCAUCAGAGGGACCUGGAGGAAAAGAUGGUCCACAAAGUCACCAUGGACACCGUGAAGAUCAUAACCUCUGCUGUCAGUGGGAUGACCAACGAGUUUUGGGUGAGGCUCUUGUGCUACAUCAUGGAAACCGAUAACGUGGAGGUCUUGACCCCCAUCUGCAUCAGCCUCACAAACCUGGCAGAACGCCAGUUCCACAUCAUGGAUGGGGAGGCCAACACGGCCAGCAAGAGCAGGCAUGUGGACCUGCCUGCACCGCAGAAGCUCCUGGCUCGUCUCCUGGUGCUGAUGUCAUCCCCCUACGAAGGGGAGGGGAGAGGAAUAGCCAUGCUCAACCUUCUGAGGACCCUGAGCCACAGCAUUGCACCCUCCAUGGCUGACAUGUGGGAGCAGGAGAUCCCACUGCUGAUCAAGUACCUGGAAGAACAUACUAAGUUUACCUGGAAUCAGGAGACCUGGGAGGACAAGCUGAUUCAGUUUCUGAGACUCUCCCUCAAGAAGACUCGGGGUUCCAACUGGAGCCUGCGUCUGGGCAAAGAGUUGAACAAUCAGAUCGAGAGCUUUGACAGCCCUUCCCUGGAGAAGAGCUUCCUGUACCGGGCGUUGGGCUUCACUUUGGCCACAGGCCUGGAGGCCGACAAAGUGGAGGUGUUGCUGCUGGAGCUGCUGUACAAGACCGACUACAGCAAGGACUGUGACCGAGAGGGUGUGAUUCUGUGCUUUGGCCUGUGCGCCCAGGGCCAGGUGAAGACUGUGCUGAGUGUGCUCCAGGACUUUGAGGAGAAGAUUCAUGAAUCAGAGGAGUCCUGGCAGAUUGGUGCUUGGCGGAAGGACCACCCCUGGAGGCGGGAGACAGUGAAGAGCGCUCUCAUGGUGAUGUACAGCUGUGUGGCCUUGCACUGCCAUUGGCAGAUGCUCCUCACUCAUGUGGACACACCCAUCACUGCCAAGAUCAUUCACCACUACACCAGCAGCUCCCAGGACAUCUGCCUCAAAAUGGCCUUCAUGAAGAGUGUGGUUCAGAUCUCCAGUGCCAUCGAAAACCUCAAGGGCCCAGGGGACUUUCAAUUUGCCCACAAGGCUACUCUUACUGCCAUUAUAAUGGCAAUCAUCAAGGCGGAGUCGACUGACAAUCUGGUGUCUCCCAUACGCACCAUGGCCAUGGAUGCCCUCCUGCACCUGAGCAAAGUGAAGCCUUUCUACUCCACAGAGGAAAACACUGAGCUGAUGGAUAUCAGUCUACAUUCUGUAAUUUCUCUCCAACCCCCAGGAAAGGACAAUAAGUCCAUUAAGACCCUGUACACGAAUGCCCUGAGUGGCCUGGAGCAGCUGAUGGAGGGCCUCUUGCAGAGGCAGAUGGACCCCAAGGGCCUGCAGGAGAUGGUGCAUCUCCUGGAAAAGUGGAUCUUGUCCGAGAAAGAUUGGGAGCGGGAGAAGGCUAUGAACUUGCAUCUUAGUCUUAUGCAGAGCUACAUCCAGAGCAUCGGCGUCUGCAUCCCCCUGAAGCUGGGGCAGUUUGGCACACUGAUUGGACUCAUCGCCCCUUGCACCUGUGACUCCAACAAAAGAACUCGCUUGGCCUCAGCAGAUGUCCUGUCCAGCCUGCUGGAUCUGCAUGCAAGCCAGAUCUGCUCUUCAUGGGACGUGUACAAAGAGUUGGAGCUUGCGAGAUGCAAGGAGGACCUCCAGAGCUUGGAGGUGGAGAAGAUUUUCAGUGCCUCCUCCAGAAUCGCCAAGGAGAUUUGCAUGCAAUUUAAUUGUGAUGAAGUGGUCUCGCUCAUCCAGAAGCUCUGUGAGAACAUCGGGGCCAUGGACCUCCAGCAUGACAAGGCCUCUGUCAUCUGGAUAGACACCUUCCUCCAGAUACGGGUCAAGGAGUUGGAGGAUAAGGUGGCUGAGAUCCUGGGUGCCAUCUUGGUCCACCUGCCUGUGGUGGAUCACAAGGAGGUGCGGCGCAACCUCAUCGAGGGCAUUCUCCUGCUGGCCCACUACCACCAGGAGACGGUCCUCACGUCGCUCCUGAGGCAGCCCCUGCCCAUGCAGAGCCACCUGGUGGAGGUGUGGUUGGCUGUGGCGGAGAAUGUACCUUUUGCCCGGUUGAUGCUCCACGGCCUGAUGGGCCGGCUGCAGUCCCGGUUCACCCCCAGGGCCAACGCCACCUCCAAGGCCGACAUCUGGCGCCUGGCUGCGGUAGACCCUCUGAUGACCCUCUGCACCAUCCACCUUCUCAUCGAGAAGAUGGACAGGGACGACAAACUCCCGGACCUCCUCCCGGACCUCAUCUACACCCUCCUGAUACAGCUGGGCAGCAGCCAGGGGCCGGAGGCAAUGUCGCCCGUCCUGAAGACGUGGAGACUCAUCCACACGGGGACCCUGCCCGAGGAGAUCAACCUGCAGAGGAUCACAAUCAAAUCCAUGCAGCUUUUGUUCAGGAGACUCGACAGUGAGCGGCUGGCCCACAUGCUGGAAGAGCAGGGCGUGUGGGCCCUCCUGGAGAGUGGCUCCACUUUCCUGCAAGGAGCAGGCCUGCUGGCCAGGCUGUGCAUUCGGAAUGCAGAGGGCUACAGGCAGAGGCUGGCGGAGCUGGUGCUCAGAGGCAUGGCCUCGGAGGUCCUCAGCUGCCGUGUCAGCAGCACGGCGAUCUGCGUGGAAUUCAUGAGAGACCCGAUUCUGUACCAGGAGAGGCUGCUGAAGCCCGCCCUGCGGCUGCUAGAGAAGGGCGUGGACCAGAGGGACGAGGUCCUGCAGGUGCUGUCCCUGCGUGCCCUCGGCAACAUGGCCCUGGGCGCCCCCAAGAAGGUGAAGCAGUACCGCAAGUUGCUCCUGGAGAAGUGUCUAUAUGCCCUGAGGGAUGCCCACGGCACCAGCGUGCCCUCUGAGGGCAUGGAGGCCCUGGCCAAGAUCCUGGCCGAGCUCCGGGAAGGGGAUGUAGGGUCCUUCUUCGAUGCCAUCUCUGAGCAGUGCAGGUCCUUCUUUGACAACGAGAGCGAGCUGCUGCGCUGGAAAGCCUUCCUCCUGUUCAGCAAGCUGGCCACGGUGGCCAGGGUUUCCAAGAAGCACUUCUUCAAGGGGGAAGUGAAGAGAGCCUGGGUCCCGCUCAUGCUGCACUGCCAGGACCCCUGCCCCGACGCAGCCCAGGCCUGUGCGGAGACCAUGUAUCAGUGUGUGCACUUCUGGGGCUGCAAGGGCCUGGUGGACGCCUCGAGGCAAAGAGACACCAUGGAGCCUGAUGAGAUGGCCAAUUUCCAGACAACUCUGUGCUCCGUCCUGACUCAGAAAAAGCCUGCUAUCCUCUACAGUUUCUUGCUAGAAACAAUGAGCUACAUUAAAAGUAACUUGUCGAGGAUCAGAAUCGCUUCCUGCAACUUGGCAGGGGUUAUUAUGAAGCAGAUGUCUGAACAUUAUCUGAAAAAGCUGGACUUCGUGGCAUUACGGAAUUCCCUCCAGGAGCUACAGUUGGAUGCAGAUCCCGGGGUCCAGAGGGCAGCCUUGGAGACUCUCAAAAUCUUGGAUACCUGCAGUCAGCACCGGCUUUUGGCUUCACCCAAAGGAAUCUCCUAGGUGGCCCGAAUGUAAAUGCAAACUGCCCGCCCCGCCCAUAGCCAUGCAGACCACUGAUUUAGUUUGUAAGGAAAGCAUUGUUCUGAGAUAAUCAGUGUCCCCUUCUUUCCACUGAAAUAAACCUCCAUUGCCACGUGGAGUGCAGACUCUUGGCUGUAAGGUGCCGAUGUCCCAGAGUCAGGACAGUGGGGCAAACGGAGGGGUCAUUGUUUCUAGCAAGAAGCGCUAGAGAACAGCAGCCCAAAGCACCAGAGUCUACGUUGGUCUUCACUGGCAUUUAGGUCCCAUCCAUGCUGAUGGUGUCCACUGCUCAUGGCUGUGUCAGGCAGAGAGCCAGGUUACUGUGCAGGCCUUGCCCAGGGCCCCCUCUUAAAGGGAAAGGAGGCAUCUACAAGCCAAAUGUGACACACAUUAGAGCAGCGGUUGCCAAC